AUGGGUAACGCGGGUAGCAACGGUGGAGGCGCCGCCGCUGGUCACCGCCGUCGGAGCUCCGGCCACGGCCACGGCCACCACCACCAGGCGCCGCCGCCUCCCCAGCCGCAGGAGACUGCGCCCAACCGCUACGUGUUCGCGGCCGCCACGCCGUACCCGCCCCAGUACCCUAACCCCAACCCGCCGCAGUACUACCCGCAGUACGGGAACUACUACCCGCCGCCCCGCCAUCCGUGCCGGUGCCCUUCCGGCGCCAAGGCCGUCACUAUCCGCAACGACGUCAACCUUAAGAAGGAGACGCUUCGGAUCGAGCCUGAUGAAGAGUGCCCUGGCCGCUUCCUCGUCGCCUUCACCUUUGAUGCCACCGUCGCCGGCAGCAUGACUGUUUACUUCUUUGCAAAGGAAGAGCUCAACUGCAAUCUAACAGCAGCGAAAGAAGACCUAAUUAAGCCCGUUACUGUUAGCUUCAAAGAGGGUCUUGGUCAAAAAUUCAGGCAACCUUCAGGAACAGGAAUUGACUUUUCAGUGUUUGAAGAAUCAGAUUUAUUAAAGCAGGGGGACAUGGAUGUAUAUCCACUUGCAGUUAAAGCUGAAACAGCAUUGUCUGUUGAUCACCCAUCAGAAGGGGAUGACCAAAAGAUGAAAACUCCUAACUCACAGAUCACUCAGGCCGUGUUUGAAAAGAAAGAAAAUGGGGAUUAUCAAGUAAGAGUUGUUUGCCAGAUCCUUUGGGUCAAUGGAACUAGGUAUGAACUGCAAGAAAUAUAUGGCAUAGGGAACUCCAUGGAAGGUGAUGCUGAUGCAAAUGAUCCAGGGAAAGAAUGUGUUAUUUGCCUCUCAGAGCCAAGGGAUACUACUGUCCUCCCAUGUAGGCAUAUGUGCAUGUGCAGUGAAUGCGCCAAGGUCCUGAGGUACCAAACCACUCGGUGCCCCAUCUGCAGGCAGCCUGUUGAACGUCUCCUGGAGAUCAAAGUGAACAACAAAUCUGAAGAGCAGCAGCAGACGCCCCAAUUGCCACUGCUCCCAGCCCCAGCUCCGCAGCAGGAAGGAAGAGGUGUAGCCGUGAUCAAAGUCAGUUCCAAGACGUUAUAUGGUUUCUAG